AUGACUCCAAAGUACCAAGGCAGACAGGCCGCUCGCAAAGAGCAGGCCAUGACCCUCUCUCAGGCCGUCCGACUCUACCCCAAAGCCGUCGGAUGGUCUGUUCUUCUUUCUUCAACUCUCAUCAUGGAGGGUUACGACCUUGCCCUGCUCAGCUCCAUGUACGCUUCUCCUCCUUUCAAUCGGAAAUAUGGAGUCCAGACCGGUCCCGGUAAAUGGGCAGUCCCGGCCUCAUGGCAAUCUGCCUUGUCGAACGGUGCUCGAGUGGGCGAAGUGAUUGGACUGCUCAUCAAUGGUCUUGUCUCUGAACGUCUUGGAUAUCGCAUGACGAUGAUUUCUGCCUUGGCUGCCAUGAUUGGCGUGGUCUUUCUCUUCUUCUUUGCUGUGAACAUCCAGAUGCUGUUGGCAGCGGAGAUCCUGGCAGGAAUCCCAUGGGGCAUUUUUCAGACACUCCCAGCUGCCUACGCCUCGGAGGUGUGUCCCGUCGUGCUACGCCCGUAUCUGACAACCUUUAUCAACAUGUGCUGGGUAUUUGGUCAAUUCGUGGCCGUGGGAGUGAAUCGAGCGUCACUUUCUCGGACCGAUCAAUGGGCCUAUCGCAUUCCUUUCGGUGUCCAAUGGGCAUGGCCUCUUCCUAUAAUUCUUGGUUGUUUGUUUGCCCCCGAAUCGCCUUGGUGGCAUGUCCGCCGAGGCGAUGAGGAGGGUGCCCGACGAGCUUUACGGCGAUUAACCUCGAAGAACGACCCUACCUUCAACCCGGACGAAACAAUUGCCAUGAUUCAACAUACCAAUGAGCUGGAGCAGUCACUUGCCAAAGGGACGAGCUACGCGGACUGCUUCAAGGGAACGAAUCUACGACGGACAGAAGUGGUAUGCCUGGUCUGGCUGGUGCAGACGCUCUGCGGCCAGAACCUGAUGGGGUACUUUGCCUACUUUUGCGUCCAGGCUGGGUUGCCUACUGUGCAGUCGUUCAAUUUAUCUCUGGCGCAGUACGCGCUGGGCGUCAUCGGGACACUUUGUUCAUGGUUCCUUAUGGCCAUCGCUGGACGUCGGACAUUGCAUGUCCUCGGGCUGUCCAGUUUGUUCCUGCUCUUGAUCAUCACCGGCAGUCUAUCCUUUUCCCCCGAGGACAACAGCAGUUCCAAAUGGGCGAUUGGAGCGAUGCUGAUUAUAUUCACAUUUUGCUACGACUGCACCCUCGGACCGGUUACGUACUCCUUGGUAUCGGAACUAUCAUCGACCCGUCUCAAAGCAAAGACCAUCGUCCUGGCCCGUUGCGUAUACAAUGUCAGCAACAUCGUGGUAAACGUCUUGACCAACUACCAACUAAGCUCGACCGCGUGGAACUGGGGAGCAAGAUGUGCGUAUUUCUGGGCCGGAACGUGUCUGGUGUGUCUGGUGUGGUCUUUCUUCCGACUACCAGAGCCAAAGGGGAGGACUUAUGAGGAAUUGGAUUUGUUAUUUGAGCGAGGGGUGUCAGCGAGGAAAUUCAAGCAUACCCAAGUUGAUCCAUAUGAGGGAGAGGUGGAAGUGAGGAAGGAUGAUGCAAAGGAGUAG